AUGAGUACAGAUGUCCCCAAACAACUGAUCAAAAAUGUUAUGCAAUCCUUGUUAUUAGAUAGGAAACUAGGUUUAAUUUCUCCCUUAAAAUUCUCAUCGUUAAUCACUGAAAACUAUUAUUCUUCAUUAAUUCAUCAAACAGCAAAAUAUAAUGUAUUUCCAUCUAAUUGUCAUCAUAUUGCAAGUGUUAAUAGUUUAUCAUUAGAAACCAAUGACUUUAGAUUUUUACUAAGUGGAAGCGGAGAUUCAACAAUAAAACUAUGGGAUCUUAGUGAAAACGAAGUGAUUAGAGAAGAAAAUGAAAUUGAUAAAAAUUUAAAUCAAGUUCAAAAUCCUAAUAAGUUUGAUAACUUUGAUUAUGAUAAUCCUGUUAGCGUUUAUGCCAAUAUUGCUACUAUUCCAAGACGAGAAUUUCAUAAAUUUGGUAUUUCAGCAUUACAAUGGUGGCCAUUUGAUACUGGAAUGUUUGUUUCUUCUUCCUUUGAUCAUACCGUGAAAAUUUGGGAUACGAAUGAAUUGAGUCCAGUUCAUACUUUUGAUUUGAAUAAUAGAGUUUACUCGAUUGAUAUUUGUGGAAAUAAUUCACUAAUUGCAACAGCUAGUGAUCAACCUUUCAUUAGGAUUUUGGAUAUGAAAUCUACUUCAAGUGCUCAUACAUUGACUGGUCAUAAAGGUAAAACUUUAAGUGUAAAAUGGCAUCCAACUAACUCAAACUUGCUUGUAUCUGGAGGUUACGAUGGAGAAGUUAGAAUAUGGGAUAUAAGAAGAAGUAAAAGUCUUUUGUGUAGAUUGGAUAUGUUGAGAACAAAUACUUCACAAUCAAAUUCAGAAGGAGUUCAUGAAAACCUAACGCAAAAUUCAGUAAAAGCUCAUCUGGGACCAGUUAAUGGCUUGGUGUGGGACGAGUCGGGCACCAUCUUAUAUACUUCUGGUAAUGAUGAUAAAGUUAGAGUUUGGGAUAUGGCAAGCACAUCUUAUCCUCCGGUAAAUAAAUUAAUCAAUUUUGGGCCCUUGACACGAAAUAAAUAUCCACAAACUAUUCCAAUUCUUUUAAACCCAAAAGGCGAAACAAGUGUACAAUAUUUGUUAUUCCCAUCAGAAAGUGGCGAAAUUUUGAUAUUUAGAACUAUUGAUGGUAAGUUGGUUAAUAGACUAUCCAGAAGGGGUACUAAGAAUGUUGGAAGAACUACGUCAAUGUGUAAUGGUGGACCCUUCACAGCUAAAUAUUUUGCUGGUACAAACGACGGUGAGAUUAUUCAGUGGAGUCCAUUUUGGGAACAUCCCGACCUUGAGGAUUUACGCAUUGAAAGCCGAAACGAAAACGAUUCGGAAGACAUUGAUGAGCUACUAUUGAAAAAGCAUACAUUGGCAUUAAAAGCACAAGAGUUAAUGAAAGACGCGGCUAACUUUUGA